AUGAAACAGCUCAAAGCUUUAAGCGGGUUCCUUUUGCUGACCAUGGCUGUCUUCACCAGAGCCAGACCAAAAGCAGGUUUCAGCAAACAUCCCUCAGACAGAAGGGAUUUGUGUGGAGAGACGAGCAUUACUCAUCAUUUCCUAUUCUCAAGAGCUUCUUUUCAGCUUAUUCUGGUCGUUACCUGGAAUUCAUUUUUGCUUUGGAUUCGUCUAGGUCCUGAUCAGAAGUGUAAGUCCGGCCCGGUGGACCUGGUCUUCCUUAUCGAUAGUUCCCGCAGCGUUCGGCCACAUGAGUUUGAGACCAUGAGGAAGUUCAUGAUCGACAUCCUGAACACGCUGGACAUCGGACCUGACGCCACCAGAGUGGGAGUGGUGCAGUAUUCCAGCCAGGUUCGCAGUGAAUUCUCUCUGAAGGCCCACAGCAAACUGGACAGCAUGGUGAAAGGCAUCAAUGAGAUCAUUCCCCUGGCUCAGGGCACCAUGACAGGGCUCGCCAUCAAAUACAUGAUGAACCAAGCUUUUACCGUCGAACAAGGAGACAGACCCAAGGUUCCGAACGUAGCUGUGAUAGUGACAGACGGACGUCCUCAGGACCGCGUGGCAGAGGUGGCCGCCGAGGCCAGAGAGAAAGGCAUCGAGAUCUUCGCCGUGGGGGUGGCCAGAGCUGAUAUGACCUCGCUAAGGGCCAUGGCAUCCCCUCCCUUUGAGGAUCACGUCUUCCUGGUGGAGAGCUUUGAGCUAAUUCACCAGUUUGGCCUGCAGUUUCAAGACAAGCUCUGUGGUGUGGAUCUGUGUCUCGAGUCGGACCACGGCUGUGAGCACAUCUGUGAGAGCUCCCCAGGCUCGUACCAGUGCCUCUGCCUGCCUGGAUACACUCUGAACGAUGACGGGAAAACCUGUGCAGCCAUUGACCUGUGCGCUGAAGGGAAACACGACUGCGAACAAGUGUGCAUCAGCUCUCCUGGUUCCUUCACCUGCGACUGUAACAAAGGAUACCAACUGAACGACGACAAGAAGACCUGUUCCAUGAUCCAAUACUGUUCGUUUGGAAACCACAGCUGUGAUCAUAACUGUGUGAAUGUGCUGGAUGGCUAUUACUGCACCUGUAAGGAAGGAUACAGGCUGCUGGAUGAUGAGAAAACCUGCCAGGCUAUUGACCUGUGCGCUGAAGGGAAACAUGACUGCGAACAAAUCUGUGUCAACAUGGCGCCAGGCGUCUUCACCUGCGACUGCAACGAGGGAUACUCCCUCAAUGAGGACGAAAAGAGCUGCGCACCCAUUGACCUGUGCGCUGAGGGGAAACACGACUGUGAACAGAUCUGCAUCAGUGCCCCCGGCGUCUUCACCUGCGACUGCAACAAAGGGUUCAAACUCAACGAGGACAAGAGGACAUGCACCAACAUGGAAAUGUGCAACACGGUGGAGCAUGGCUGCGAGCACCAGUGUGUGAACACACCUGGAUCGUACUACUGCAUCUCCUGUAAGUCUGCCAACAUCGACCUGGUGCUUCUGAUUGACGGCUCCAAGAGCGUCCGCCCUCAGAACUUUGAGCUCGUCAAAAAGUUUGUUAACCAGGUUGUGGACUCCCUGGACGUGUCCGCUCACGGCACCAGAGUCGGUCUGGCUCAGUACUCCAGCCGGGUCAGAACAGAGUUCCCGCUCAACAUGUACCACACCGCUGAGGAGAUCAAAGCGGCGGUCAUGAAGGUGGAAUACAUGGAGAAAGGCACCAUGACAGGUCUGGCCCUGAAGCACAUGCUGGAAAACAGCUUCUCUGCUGAGGAGGGGGCUCGGCCGGCCAGCCGCAACAUCCCCCGGGUGGGGCUGGUUUUCACCGACGGGCGGUCCCAGGACGACAUCAGCGAGUACGCCAAGAAGGCCAAAGAAGCAGGCAUCACCAUGUACGCCGUGGGCGUGGGGAAGGCCGUGGAGGACGAGCUGCGCGAGAUCGCGUCGGAGCCCGUGGAGAAGCAUUUCUACUACACCACCGACUUCAGCGCCAUCAGCACCAUCGCCGAGAACCUCAAACUCAACGUCUGCCCAGAGGAGAGUCAGGGGGAGAUCGAGGUGAAGGAUCCGUGUGCUUGUGAGAACCUGGUGGAGUUCCAGCAGGCCACCAUGAACAGCCUGGAACAGCUCACACAGAAACAUAUCCUUUAA